AUGGUGGCCUUUUGGCCCUGGAAGGGCGAAUCCGCCGACUUCGAAAAGACCCUGUCCACGCUCUCUAGCAAGAUCGCCGACACACAGGCCUCCCUCGACAAGGUCCGAUCCAACUCCCGCCGCGCCCGUGUUCUUUGGACCCUCUACCUUUCCUUUGCCUACCUCGUUUACACCAUCGUCCUGCUGCUCGUUGUCGGAUACAAGAACCUCGGCGCAUACGAAUGGACCGGCCUGUGCAGCGGACCGUUGCUCAUCUACACUACUCGCACGACCCUCGCCGCUUACUACAACUUUCGCAUCGAGAGCCUCAGCGCUCGUCUCAAGGAUCACCAGCAGGAGCGCGCAAAGACUAUUCAGAAGCUCAAGGAUGCCACCAAGUAUGACUCCACCAUGGAGCUGAUCGAGAAGUACGGCGGCGACGGACCGACAAAGGGCAAGAAGAAGAAGGGCGGCGCCGAAGACAACUCCGAAGAUAAGAUGGACGGCAAGAAUCAUCCCGGUGGCAGUCCUGCUCAGGGUGUCCCGGGCCGCACUCGCAUGCCGCCUCCUCCUACGGCCAAUAUUCAGCGCCGAGAGGGUCCCCCCGCCGGUAGCCCCAUGCCCGCCCCGAACCCCUUGGAGCCCGGUGCCGAGUUUGCGCCUAAUGCCGAGUUCUCUGGCCCUCCUCCGGCUUUCUUCCCCGGCACGCCCAAUCCCCCACCGAGCACGUACUCCUCCUAUUCGACCUCCGAAACGCACUGGUACGACCGCAUCUUUGACGUCCUCCUCGGUGAAGACGAGACGGCCCCCAAGAACCGCAUCGUCCUAAUCUGCCAGUCCUGCUGCCUCGUCAACGGCCAAGCCCCUCCCGGAACAAAGACCCUCGCUGAGAUGGGCUCCUGGAGGUGCAUGUCGUGCGGAGCGCUCAACGGAGAGAUGGACGAGGGCCAGCGUAUCGUGAACGAGGUGCUCGAUGCGGCCAGGGAUGCUGCCGCUGAAGAGGAAACCACCUCUAGCGACGAUAUCGUCGAUGUGACGGUUGACGAUGUGAAGAAGGAGAGUGAAGACGAUGGACCCGCCGCGGGAGUUAGAAAGCGAAGGGGCAAGGGCAAGAAGUAA